UCAAUUGCCCUAUCAAUGGUUAAAGAACAAAAGACCAGAUUCAAACUUGCCAUGGCUGCUACGAACCUGCCUGAUAUGGACACUAUUGCAUUUCUUCAUGUACUGAACGAGUACAAUAUUCCUGUCAUUUUAAUGUCGUCCGAAAGAAGUAUAAGUGUUGUUAUAAAGUCGAUAGCUGAAGGGGCAACUUUUUAUCUCCAGAAACCAAUUUUCUUUGAUGAUCUGAAAUAUGUUUGGCAACAUGCAUAUAGGAAGAAAAAAACUCCAACAGACAGUCAACAAGAUCAGGGUGAUGCUCAGAAAUCUACUGAUAAACAAAUCAUGGAAGAAAAUAAAAAGAUAGCAACAGAAGAGAAAGAAAAUAAAGAAAACAAGAACAAUAAUAAUUCAACUGAAAAGAAGUCAAGAAUUCUUUGGACUCCAGAGCUUCACAUGAAAUUUACAGCAGCUAUUAGCGAAUUAGGCGAUAAGAAAGCUCGUCCAAAACCAAUAUUAGAGAUUAUGAAAGUGCCCAAUUUGACACAGCGCCAAGUUGCCAGCCAUCUCCAGAAAUAUAAAUCUCAAGUGCAGCGUAUUUGUGAAGCUGGCACCGCUAAUUUACCAGCAUUGAGUAAACCAUAUAAUAAUUUCUAUGCCAGAAUUCUAGAAAAACUUGACAACAAGACUACUCCUAACUGCGGAUUCAGGAUACCCAGUGGAAAGACACCGGAGCUUAAUUAUUUGAAAGGACAGUGCAUGACCAUUCCUUCAGGCAAAGAGACCAAUGAAUUCAAAGUUCCUAAAGCAGUCUCCAUGGAUGGGAUCGAGAAGCUGGCUUCUGUAGAAGUUUCUAAUGCUAAAACAGCCAUUGAUCAACCUUAUGCCAAUAAUUCUCUACCAAACUUCGAUGAAUGGAGUCGAGAAUUGGAGAUGAUGCCAAUUUUAGAUCCUUCGAUGGAAGUUCCUGAAUUAGACAAGAUUUUGACAAGUUCAGAUGAUGCUUCAAAUAAUAUGGAGGCUCCAAGAAAUAUUUCAUCUCCUCCUGCGAGUACAGUGAAUGAAGACCAACCUUCUCUGCUAAAGUUUGCUGAUGAUCUAUUGAAUAUAAUGGAGGAAGAACCGGCCACCGGAGAACCAAAUCCAAGUGACGUGGAUCGCUACUGUGAGUGGCUAAUUUCCUAGGUAGAGAAAAAUUAUGAUAAUAAAGGCAUGAAAAACGCUUGCUUAUGCCCGGUCUAGUUUUGUCGUUUUCAAAGUUUUAUGGAUAAAAUAUUGGAAUUUUAUAUGUUUAGGGUUACGGUCCCGUCUAAUAAUUUUAUGGUAUCAAAUAAUCAAUAUAUUCAAAAUUGUGUUUUUUAGUACA